AAAUAUGAGAUUUAUUUCAGUGAGCAUAUGUAUUUUUCUUAGUCUCGGACAAAUUAAAGGUGGACAGGUGGAGGAUAUAACCAUUAUUGGUGCCGGUAUCGGGGGUACCUACACAGGAUGGAGGCUCAAGAACAAAGGCCUCCGGGUAGGAAUUUAUGAAUACUCAAAUCGUGUUGGGGGCAGAAUGUACACAAGAACCUUCCCAGAUGCCCCCGACCUUCCGGUUGAAUUAGGAGCCAUGCGUUUAAGGCCAGCAGACCAUCUAAGGAUGAUAAAAGCCGGAAGAGAACUGGGGUUAACAUUCGUACAUUUUGUUGAAGAAAUGGGGCGGAUUCCAGAGCGCACCCGCCUUUUCCUGCGUAACACGCACCUGUCUAUCCCUGAGUUGGGGACGUCAAGAACCCCCUACCGACUGAGACCAGAGGAAAGAAGAGAUCCUAAUGAAUUAGGAAGGUUACUAUCUGAACGGUUUACAAACUAUAACGGUUCUGACCCAAAUACAGAACGUUUUACUGCUGUCACUCUCAGAGAUGGAGUACCUUUAUAUUUACAGAGCUACAAAGAGGUUUUACGAAAAACUGGAAUAAGUAAUGAAGGAUAUAAGUAUUUAUUUGACAACUCUAUAGUCAAAUUUGGCUUUGGAGAUGACCAAAGCAUUAUGAGAUUUCCUCGAACAAGACGCGGAUUCGAAGAGAACACAACUCCCAAUGGACUUCCACGGGUGGUAACUAUUCCUACAGGACUUGGUUCAUAUCCCAUUGGGUUUCUGAGACGAUUCCUGUCAAGGAACCCAAAAAGCAAUCCAGUUUUCCAGUCAGCACUCAAUUCGGUGAUUGAUGUUCAAGCCUCAAGGAUAUUCCUUGUGUACGAUUAUCCUUGGUGGCUCAAUGAGCGAUACAAUUUCACGUUUACGCAUUCAGAUCUUCCGUACCGACAGUCGUUCCAUUGGGGGAUAUCUCGCAAUGGUAAAGCAGUUUUUCUCAUGUCGUAUGCUGACUUUGAUGAUGUCACGUUCUGGAGUCAUCUUCAACAAAGAGGAAACGUCAUUAGCAAAAAAAAUGAUGAUACCCGGGUAACGGACGAGGUUUUAAGACACGCACAUAGUCAGAUUUCCAGAGUUUACAAGAUAGACUGCAGACAUCUCCCUGCUCCUGUGGACGGAAUGAUGUUUGCUUGGGACAAGUACCCGUACAAUGGAGCUUGGGUAUCUUGGAAACCCGGAUCAAGAUGGUACGACAUCAAAAACUAUCUGACAACACCUUUUCCUGGAGACAAUAUAUUCAUUGUGCAUGGUUACUGGGGAGCGGAAUAUAAUGGUUGGGGAGAGAGUUCGUUGGAUGCCGCAGAUGACGUAUUAACUCACUUUGGAGUUCCAUCUUAUCUUUAUAACAUGGGUAACAAAUGAACACCCUUGUAACUUAGUUAUGGAAGACAAACAAAUGCAAACUGAGUGAUUAUCAAACGUUUUCAGGCAAGA